AUGGUCAGCCCCCAGUCUCGCGCCGCUCCCGCCAACGGUGGCGGCGCUCGCGAGCCCAACCCCACCCAAGGUACCGUCAACCGCGUUCAGCUCACUCGUGACGACAAUUCCAUUCUCGCCACCAACACGAUCCGCAUUAUCAUGCUCGACAUCGUCCCUACCCAGCUCAAGAUCCUCAACGCCGGUUUCUCCGUUGACAAAUUCUACGAGUUCAUGUACCAGUUCGUCGAGUUCUACAGCGUCUCGCCCGACCUCAUCAACCCCGGCGAGGAGGCGCGCCGCAACCAGCGCUUCAUCGACACGGCAACCAGGGAGCAGGUGCGCCUCUCGCGUGCGGACAAGCUCCACUACCUCACCUAUCCCCUUCUGUUCUGGGAGUCACACUUCAACAUUCUGUGUGACCGCGUCACUGGCGAUGCCCCCGUCAAGGCCGUCGAGUUCAUCUGCCAGCUCGUCGAGCGUUUCGGCUUCUCGACCGCCGGCAUCGUCCAAGGCCAGGGGCACGUCAGCCGCGGCCGCGACACUUCCGCUCGCUCUGCCCAGGCUGGUGACCAGGCCCAGGCCGCGCCCCAGGACGCCGCCGAGCCUCACAACAACCAGGAUCGCGGCCACGAUGUGAGCACUGAGGCGAUGGCGGUCAUCAAGGAUUGGGUCGACACCAUCGCCGACCGCCUCUACAAGGUUGAGGAGCGCCUGAGCAAGCUCGAGGAGGAGGGCCGCAAGGCCAAGGAGAAGGCCAAGGAGAAGGACAAGGCACACAAGACUUGCUGCAAGUGCAAGCAGGAGGGCGACAAGAAGCGCAAGGGCGAGACGAACAAGGACAACAAGGACAACAAGGACAACAAGGACACCAAGGACACCAAGGGCAGCAAGGACAACAAUCAGGACAAUCAGGUACCUCCCUCGAGCCCCAACAGCACUGCCGACCCGACCACCUCGGACAGCGGCAGCAUCGGCACCUCGUCGGACCGCACCCCCACCCCCAAGUAUGACGGGUACGUACGCACACCGAGACCCUCACUCACCUCCUCCAGAGCGAGCCCUCCCUCCUACCACUCGAACGCGACCGAGGAGGAUGACAAGACGUAA